AUGUCCAUGCUGCGGCAGAGCAUGGUAUCAAGAGAAGAAUGGGAAGCGCAGCUAGCCGAUAUUCGGGUGCCUAAAGAGGAGCUGGAUAAAUUGCUGAUGGACUUCUUUAUUGUUGAAGGAUACAAAGAAGCUGCGGAGCAGUUUAGUCUUGAAACAGGUCAUGUCCCGGAAGUCGACCUGCCGAAUAUGCAGUUGCGCAUCGACAUGCGCGAUAAAAUCAUGCAAGGUGAUGUCUUGGGCGCGAUUGAGCUUGUGAACGAAAUGAAUCCAGAGAUCCUCGAUACAAGCCCGCGUAUUUUUUUCCAUCUCCAGCAGCUUCGCAUGAUUGAGCUGCUUCGAGAAGGAAACAGCGAUAAGGCAUUAUCGUUUACCGCCGAGCAGCUUGCGCCUUUAGGAGAGGAGCACCCCCAUCUUCUCGGCGAGCUUGAACAGACCAUGGCACUGUUUGUCUUCGAUGUAAACAACCCUGCGCUUGCGGGCGUGCGUGCGCCACCGUAUGUCGAAGCUCUGUACAGUAUUGAAAAUCGCCGCAGCGUUGCAGAUGAGCUCAACGCUGCGGUCCGCGUCGCACAAAGCUACAGCAAUGCGGCGAAACUCCUUUUGCUUUUACAACUCGCGCAGUUGGGCGAGCAGCUGCUUGGCUCAGACGGACCCGGCAGGACGCAAUUUCCCACCCUUGACAUUCAUACACCACUAGCGCUUACGACCACGACCCAUGACGAAAUGACGGACGAAUAA